UUGCUAUCGACGUCGCCUUUUUCCGAGUCGCAGUGUGCAUGACUGUGCAUGAGACGAUCUUGAAGUUGUAAAUUUUUGCCGUGGAGAGCCAUGAUAUCGGAAAACAUCAUGUAUGCGGCGGAGAAAUGAGGCAAAUCGCGUCGUGACGUCUCGAGGGACUUCGCCGCUCGACUUGAACAACGCUGGAGGUUAACUCCCGCCGGAGACACUCGCGUAUCCAAAUGGUUACGACCUCGUGUUAUAACCUACGUCGUGUAUGCGAUCCUUACAUCAGCUGAUGAGUUCGAUGUAACUACGCGUUCACGACAACGGAUUUUCAAACAUCUCGUUCCCUCGAUUUAUCGGACAGAAAACGUUGCAAUGGCAGACCUCGCCUUGGGGGAGCUCAGCAGCGAUCAAACCGAAAAAGUACUACAGUUUCAGGACCUCACCGGCAUCGAAGAUCUUUCGGUAUGCAGAGACGUUUUGCAGAGGCACAAUUGGAAUUUGGAAGUGGCGGUUCAAGAGCAAUUAAAUUUAUAUGAAGGCAGACCAUCUAUGUAUGCACAGGACUCGCGUGCUCGCCCACCCCAAGUCGUAGACGACAGUAGUUCAAGAAUUUAUUUUAGUUAUCCUGGAAGCUCUGGUGGAGGUGGUGGUCUCUUAUCCUAUAUUUUUUCCAUGUGUUAUAAUCUAGUGAGCAGUAUCCUGCAGUUACUUUUUGCAAUAUUUAAAAGAAACGUUAGACCUGUGUCCUCUGAUCCAGUGGAAGAUGUAGUCAACUUUAUUAGAUCUUAUGAGGAGCGUUAUGGUAAUAUUCACCCAGUAUUUUACCAGGGCUCCUACAGUCAAGCUCUUUCAGACGCGAAACAAGAAUUAAGAUUUCUCUUGGUAUAUCUGCAUAAAGAUGAAGCGCAGGAAGUUGAUCAAUGGUGCAGAAAUACAUUGUCUGAUCCUGAAGUAAUAAGAUAUAUAAACAUACAUACUUUAUUCUGGGCAUGCAACGUAAAAUCCGGAGAGGGCUAUAAAGUCGCGGAAGCGCUUAAAUCGGGUUCAUAUCCUUUCCUAGCGCUUAUUGUAUUAAAGGACAAUAGAAUGACAAUAGUUGGUCGAUUGGAAGGCGCGCCAUCUUCUUCUGAUUUAAUGUCACGAUUGCAAACUAUCAUAGAACGUAAUGAAAUCAAUCUUAUCCAAGCACGUCGAGAAAGGGCAGAACGUAGCGCGGCGCAAUCGCUUCGACAGCAACAGGAUCGCGCUUACGAGGAGUCGUUACGUGCGGAUCAGGAGAAGGAUCGCAGAAGAGAGGAAGAACGAAGAGCACGUGAAGAGCAAGAGGCCCGAGAAAAGGAAGAAUUGAACGCUCAGGAAUUGGAAAUUCAACGUAUACGUCUCGAGAAAGAACUGACUAUUGACAAAGUACCCCUCGAGCCGGAACCAUCUAAUCCCCAUGCAUGUCAUCUUCAAAUUAAACUUGGAGAGAGAACAAUGAAAAGAAGAUUUCUUAUGACUGAUACAGUCAAGGAUGUUUAUCAUUGGAUAUUCAGCCAACCAGAUUCUCCAGCGAGUUUCGAAAUAACAACGAGCUAUCCGAGAAGAGUCCUCUAUCCUUGUAGAGACAUUUCGACUCUAUCGGAUGCCGGUUUAACCCACAGAGAGGUUCUUCACGUUAACGAUCUAGACGACUAAUUGACUAAUAUCAAUAUUUCAAUAUGACAUUCUUCAAGUUCUAGUAUCAUUCCACGGAAAAAUGAUACUGUCAUGAAAGACACUUGUCAAGGGAUACAAGCACAUGCAGCAUAUACACACAAGAUACAUACACACA